AUGGACAGGACAGCAAAUGUGGUAUUGGAUAUCGAGGGUCUGCCUCAACAACCUGAUAAAUGCUGCACUGGAAGUCCAAAGAUGACUAGAGCCCUGUCACGUAAGGGUCCAAACCGUGUGGAGAGGAGGGGCGGUGAAGAGCAGGAGCCAGAUGACUUGGGGAAAAAAGUUAUCAUUAAAGUUGUGCCAUCUCAGUUGGAGCAGAUCAAGUUGCCGCUAGUGCACAACAAAACUUUGGUCACUGCACAUUGCACUGCCACCGCACCUGUUCUGACUGACUCGGUUGAAGGAAGGACCAAGAGAUUUAAUCGACUCACGGCGUUUCAUCCGCGGAGAAUUCUUCUCUUCUUUGCAACUUUGUCAAGCGUCGGGACGAUGGUACUGAUAUACUUCACACUCGGCAUCAGCGGCAAGGUGGAAGCCUAG